CUCUGCAUUUUUGACCUGUUGGUGUUUGUGCUGUGUGCAGCGGUGCCAUACCCGCCCGGUGACCGUCUGAUGGUCAGGGACCUGUAUGUGGACGGGAGACCCAGCGUGGAGGUGCUGAAGGCCCACUUGGUGAAGGAGGGCCGGCUGGAGGAGGAGGCGGCGUUACGGCUCAUCACUGAAGGAGCCGACAUCCUGCGGCAGGAGAAGUGCAUGUUAGAGGUGGAAGCCCCGAUCACAGUUUGUGGAGAUGUCCACGGUCAGUUCUUCGACCUCAUGAAGCUGUUUGAGGUGGGCGGAUCCCCGAGCAGUACCCGCUAUCUGUUCCUGGGGGACUACGUGGACCGAGGCUACUUCAGCAUUGAGUGUGUCCUGUACCUGUGGGCUCUGAAGAUCAACCACCCCAACACUUUGUUCCUUCUCAGAGGGAACCAUGAGUGCCGGCACCUCACAGAGUACUUCACCUUCAAACAGGAGUGUAAUAUCAAGUACUCUGAGUGUGUCUACGAUGCCUGUAUGAAAGCCUUUGACUGCUUGCCUUUGGCUGCACUCCUCAACCAGCAGUUCCUGUGUGUGCACGGAGGUCUUAGCCCUGAAGUCACCUGUCUGGACGACAUACGAAAGCUGGACCGCUUUAAGGAGCCCCCUGCCUUUGGACCAAUGUGUGACCUUCUGUGGUCAGACCCAGGAGAGGACUAUGGGUCAGAAAAGACCCAGGAACAUUUCUGUCACAACAGCGUCAGAGGCUGCUCUUACUUCUACAGGUGGGAGCAGACGGCAGCUGUUUGAAUCAAUAUUAGCUCU